GCAACCGAGUAUCACUCCCAAAGUCUUAUCUGAAACAAUGGCGGUGGUCAUACGUUCCUCCUGCAUUCUUCCCCGACCAAACGCUGCCAGACUUGUCCGGCGAACAUGGACGCCCGUCAAAUUUCGUGUGUCCGGAAAGUUGGUUUCUCUUCCACUCAUAGUAAAGAAGUUCACAUCAUCCUCUGGAGACCCAUUCAGCGGACCCUAUGAAACUCAACAGCCAUUGCUGGGCAGCCAGUCUAUGCGUCUGGGGCUGGAUGUUAUUAAGAUUUCACGAUCAGAUGAAAUUUGUGAUAAUGGCCAUUUGCUGCCAGUUUAUGACACCAUUGUAGAACACUUUGCUGCUCAUGAGGGAAUGGCACUCAUCAGAUUCCCUACAAUGGCUCUUAUUAUCACUAAUGCCUUGAUGUUGGCUACACCUUUUCAAGCUCUGGCAGAAACAUGUGAGGCUGAUAAUACUGUUUUAAAUAUGCCCCUACUGCUAUUUGUAUCCCUUAUAGGGGCCACUGUUGGCGGAUUGCUUGCACGACAGAGGAGAGGAGAAUUGCAGCGGUUGAAUGAACAGCUUCGCCAGAUCAAUGCAGCUCUAAGAAGGCAAGCUAAGAUCGAGUCUUAUGCGCCUACUUUGAGUUAUGCUCCUAUUGGUGGUAAAAUAGCAGAGAAUGAAGUAAUUGUUGAUCCAAGGAAGCAGGAGUUGAUUUCUCAUUUGAGAACUGGUAAGAAUUUUUUAAGGAAUCAAGUCCCGGACAACGCAUUUGAGGAGUUUAAGGCAGCUCUUGAGCUUGCACAGAGUUUGAAGGAUCCAAUUGAGGAGAAGAAGGCUGCUAGAGGCUUAGGAGCCUCAUUGCAGCGCCUGGGUAAAUACCGGGAAGCCAUCAAGUACCAUUCUACGGUUUUGGCCAUAUCAGAAAGAGAAGGUGAGGAUUCUGGGAAUACGGAAGCUUAUGGAGCAAUAGCCGACUGUUAUACUGAACUUGGAGAUCUUGAGCAAGCGGGCAAGUUUUACGACAAGUACAUUUCAAGGUUGGAAACAGAUUGAUCUUUGGUUGUGGCAGUUUUCUUCAUUAAUGAUGUAACGAGGGUGGAGUAUUUAGUAGAGCUCGCGACUGACAGCUCUGUGCGAGAUAAUAUCCUCUUUUGUAUCAAUAUAUAGAGUCACUCCUUGUAGCUGGCCAUUUUAAGGCCCUUCUGCGAUCGUCAUACCAUUUCUUUUUGUAGUAUGCACCUAAAACCGUUUAUUGCUCUUCAUGUAUGCUGCCAGUUGAGAACAACUUUUGUUGGAACUUAAAACUCCAAUUAUUUUAAAAAUUCCAAACAAGGGCAUAAAGUCUCGCGUGAAGCAAAACCGCAGAACACUUGUUUCUUACUUGAA